GGUCAUAAGAAUAGUAACUAUGAUGUUAAAGAAAUAAAUAAAUUCAUAAGGCUUGUAAGGAACUUUUUACAAACAAGGUCAAUAAUGUCACUUUCAACAGCGAAUGAACCUGUUCUUCAGGUUUGGCAAUGGGUGUUAAAGGAAUUUGGGGAAUGCAUUUCAGUGCUGAUGAUGCAUGAGAUUUUGAACAAAGGAAAAAAACAGUUGAAUAUAUAUAUGAACACUAUUGCAAAAGGCAAAGCAAUUGGAUCAAAUCCAGGAGUUUGUGAUACUCGGAUUAAGGUGACUAAGUCAGAUCUAAACAAUAAUAAACUUGAGGGAUUUGUUUUUAUGGUUAUUGGAUUCCGAUGUAUUAUAUUGAGGAAUGUUGAGGUAUUACUUUCAAAUUAUAGGUAUAACAAAAACUAG